CUCCUGGAAGCCCCGGCGCUGGCUGGGCUCCUCCCCUGCGAGUGUCGGCGGCGGCUGCGCCAGUGUCUGCGAGGAAGCUGCUGCCGGAGCCGCUGGGGAGGAGGCGGGGAGCGGAGCCCGGGACACCCCAGCAGUCACCCUAUGAAUUACUGAAGUCAUUUAAAACCAACAAUGCCAAGGAGCUUGUGACAUCCCCGUUGCAGCUAUGGAUUUGGAUAGAUCCUCUGUCUGGGGAUCCCUGAAACAGAAGACCAGGCCUUUGUUACAAAACUUCAACAUAAAGAGGAUAAAGAAAAGCUCUAGAAAAAUGGUGGAUAGAAGGCAAAGGCAUUCCUUGGACCGACGCCUCAGCGUAUCUGUGCCUGACAUACUGGAGAGUGAGUCUUUCACAGACGAAGAAACUACUUAUUCAGGUUUGCAGGCCUUGUCCACCUAUAUCCCCAGCACUCUUUCCAGCUCGGUCAUGUCUCUCAAGAGCAGCAGCACUUCUUUGAAAAUGGCAGGAGAGGACCUGCAAUGGAGACAGCAGGAGGCUGUGCACACGGAAAUCAACAUUAUUGAAACAGAAACGGAAGUCAUGUGUGGAUCAGAACCCAGACGGAAAUCCAACAUUGACCUCUUCGCAUUGCUGCAGAGAGCACGCCUGAGUGGUGAUCUGACAGAAGAAAUGACUGAGCAUCCAUGUGAAGGGAUAGAUCUGGAAUCUUCAAUGUCCUCUCAACUUUUUGAUGAACAAAUUGCUCUUGAGGAAGGAAAUGACUGUUUGAGCAGCUUGCCCAGCUCCUUUGCUUACCUACUGACAAUACACCUGAAAGAAGGCCGGAACCUGGUCAUUAGGGAUCGCUGCGGUACAAGUGAUCCAUAUGUGAAAUUUAAAUUGAAUGGAAAAACUCUAUACAAAAGUAAGGUCAUCUACAAAAACCUAAAUCCAGUUUGGGAUGAAACUGUUGUGUUGCCAAUACAGACUCUUGAUCAGAAGCUCCGGGUCAAGGUAUAUGAUCGAGACUUAGCCUCCUCUGACUUCAUGGGAUCUGCAUUUGUGGGGCUGAGCAACCUUGAGCUCAACAGAACUACUGAACAGAUUUUAAAAUUGGAAGAUCCAAACAGUUUAGAAGAUGACAUGGGAGAGAUUGUGUUAAACUUGAGUCUAACAGUCAAGCAAGGAGACUUCAAGAGAACUAAAUGGUCAAAUCGGAAGAAACAAACUUCAUCCAAGUCAAGUUUCAUACGAAAUGUGCGACUCUCUGAAUCCAUGCGAAAGAAUGAAAUAUGGAAUGGAAUUGUGACGAUCACUUUAUUGGAAGGGAAGAAUAUCCCAGGAGGGGGCAUGACACAGAUUUUUGUCCUGUUAAAACUGGGAGAUCAAAAAUAUAAGAGUAAGACACUGUGUAAGAGUGCAAAUCCUCAGUGGAGGGAACAGUUUGAUUUUCACUACUUCUCUGACAGGAAGGAUAUGUUGGACAUUGAGGUCUGGGGAGAGGAUAACAAAAAGCAUGAGGAGCUUUUGGGAAUGUGUAAAGUGGAUAUUACUGCGCUACCUAGCAAGCAGACCAAUGUUUUAGAACUGCCAGUGGAGAAGCAUCUGGGGUCUCUGCUAAUGCUAAUUGCUGUUACCCCCUGUUCAGGAGUUUCUAUCUCUGAUCUGUGUGUCUGCCCCUUGGGAGACCCCAGUGAAAGGAAACAGAUUUCCCAGCGCUAUUGUAUAAAGAACUCCCUUCAGGACAUGAAGGACAUAGGCUUCUUACAGGUCAAAGUUUUAAAGGCAGUCGACCUGUUGGCAGCAGAUUUUUCAGGUAAAAGCGACCCUUUCUGUGUGUUAGAGUUGGGCAACGACAGACUUCAGACCCACACAAUUUACAAAAACCUCAACCCAGAGUGGAACAAAGUUUUCACCUUCCCUGUUAAAGAUAUCCAUGAUGUUCUUGAAGUGACAGUGUUUGAUGAAGAUGGAGAUAAACCCCCUGAUUUUCUUGGAAAAGUUGCUAUCCCUUUGCUGUCUAUUAGAAAUGGACAGCAGUGUUGUUAUACGUUGAAGAAUAAAGACCUGGAACUUGCUUCAAAAGGAGUAGUUUGCUUGGAGUUGGAUGUCCUAUUUAAUCCAGUAAAAGCAAGUAUCAGAACCUUCAAGCCACGAGAAAAGCGCUUCAUUGGAGACAACCGCAAGUUUUCAAAGAAGAUCUUAUCGAGAAAUGUUGAUCGUGUGAAAAAAAUCACCAUGGCGAUAUGGAAUACAAUACAAUUCCUAAGGAGCUGCUUUCUCUGGGAAUCUACACUAAGGAGUGUGGUAGCAUUUGUGGUAUUUGUGGUCACUGUUUGGCACAUAGAGCUUUACAUGGUGCCUCUGGCUUUGUUGCUGCUCUUUGUUUACAACUUCUCUCUGAUCACAACAGGGAAGGUCAGCAGUGCCCAGGACACCCAGGAGACCACAUACCUAGAUGAGGAUGAAGAUGAGGAUGACAAGGAAUCUGAGAAAAAGGGAUUAAUUGAAAGAAUCCACAUGGUCCAGGAUAUUGUUAUAACGGUUCAAAACAUCUUAGAAGAAAUAGCAUCGUUUGGAGAGAGAAUUAAAAACACAUUCAACUGGACAGUGCCUUUCCUGUCGGUCCUGGCCUGCUUAGUACUGACAGCAGCGACAGUCAUUUUGUAUUUCAUACCAUUGAGGUACAUUGUUUUAAUCUGGGGCAUAAAUAAAUUUACUAAGAAGCUUAGAAAUCCCUAUGCCAUCGACAGUAAUGAGUUACUAGAUUUCCUCUCCAGGGUACCAUCUGAUGUUCAAAAGGUGCAGCGUGCUGAAUUGAAACCAUACAGCAGCUCCAGUCCCCUCAGGAAGAAAUGGAGUACUCUGUAGGAUGCAGACAGAUUUUGGAAUGCAAUAUCCCCCUCCAUAUACACACACACAGAUAUUUUUUUCUCCCCACACCCUUUUUUUUGGUUCAGACGAACACUAUAAUAACUGCCAUGGGCCCAGGAUGGUUCCUCUGGAAGACAUACAUUUUCUGAUGUGCACCUAUCCUGGGCUGCCUUUCUUUUUGGCAUAGAGGCCUAGCCCAACCAGAGUGGGGUGGAACGCAAGGACGAAUUAGUGGGUGGAGAAGAGCAUAAGUGCAUGUUCCAUUUUUUUAACUUGGAUUAUUAGGCUAAAACCGAAUGUCGCAGCUCUCCUUGUUUGUAUGUAGCAAGAUAUAAUUCUGCCUAGUAUAGCAGAUCAGCUAAGCUGAUGUGAGGAGAUGCUCUGAACUAGUUUUUAACAUAUCCAACAGAUUUACAUUAAGAUACAAGAGCUAUUCUUUUCUCAGUUAAAUCACAGCACAUAGAAGGGUUUAAACUCUGAAUUAACAAAUCUUUGAUACCCUGCUUCUGUUCAAGCAGUGUAUAUUUUAAAAAGUUGUUAUCAUAAUUACCAGAAAUAGCUAGAAGCUCCCACAGUAUCUCAAUUUCAUCCAGCACUUGUGCUUUUAAAAAUUGCUGUUAACUCCUUGAUGCCAGAAUUGCCUGGCAUGAGGUCCAUUGCUGGCAAUGGACAUACCAGGAUCCACCUUUGUGAAAGGGUUAAGAGAAUUUGCGGACCUGAAAAGACCAUAUUUCUGACUUGCUUAUUUAUAAUUCCAUCUCAUCAGAUUUUUUCGGCAUAGCUGUUGCUUUUGUCUAAAUCUAGAGAUGUCAACACUACAGCUCUUGAAGAAAAAUACUUUAUAGCCUUAAAGAUGCAAAAGCUUGGGCAGGAGGAGAGAGCACUGUGCCCAAAGCGGUGGUUGUAAAUAUUUUGCUUUGCUAUAAUAGCUCUCAAACUUUGGUUCAUUGACCACCAAUGUUCUGUGGAGUCUUUCCUGGUAGCUCGCAGAAUGAAAUGAUAUGAGAUCCAAGCAAUGAAGAACUGGUGUUUUGGUAGGAGAUGUGGGUCCCUGAGAAAAUUUCAAUUCUCCCAAUAAUGUAAGUCCUUAUAUAACAUUUCUUGUCCACAGAACUCAGUGCAUUACAAAGUUGGGUAACCAUUGUUACUCAUUUCACAGAUGGGGAAAACUGAGGCUCCAGGGGGCAAAAGACAGCACAAAUCCCGCUGAUUUUCAAGGAAACUUAGGCUGCUCAAUCACUUGAGGUAGUGUUGACUUGACUAGAACCUAAGUCUCGUGACACCUUUCAGCCUCCCAUCCAAUGGCCUCCCCUAAAGUGCUUCCCAGAAUAAAGAAACUAGAGAACCACAGAAUACAGAUGACUUGAAAAUGCAUUAUUUAGAAAUAAUCUGAUUAAUCAAUGGCUGUAAAUAUAGGCCUACCUUUAUUGGCAGACCUGUCUUGAACAGAGUUAUAUCAUGGUAUCCAGCACUGCCACCAGCAAAAGAAAUGGGACCGUGAUAGUGAUAGCUAAUGGAUUAUUACUCCGAUUCAGUAAUUUUCUAAUAGUUUAUUUUUCAAAGUAGUUUUAACAACGUUUACAUGCCUUCAUUGAAGGAGAGGAAGUUUUUUCUUACAAGAUUUAAUUUUAUAAACAAGGUGUUUCACUGGGAUCUCCUGUUGUAGGUAUAUAUGAAAGAGUAGAAAAUAAAUUAGGCGUCAUUUAAAAAGGAAAUGUGUGUUAUGUACAUAUACACUAUAUAUGUAUACUAUGUGUAUAUCUGUAUAUGUGUUUAGUGUGUGUGUGUGUGUAUCUCCUUAUAUACACGUGCACACACAUUUAGAUUGCAGUUUAAAAAGCUUCAAAGAAAAUGUGUAUGAAAACUGCCAAAGAUUCUAAAGCUUAUCAUCUUGUGUCUGUUCUUUUUCAUUUUGUAUCUUUCCCGGCAUGUCUUUCUGGCUGAGUCAGAUCUCUGCAUGAUUUGAUUUACUUCAAGUUAAUGAAGCUGGUUGGAAAGAGCCUUGUAGAAAUUAUAAAAGCUCCAGUAAAUCUCCUAUUUGUACAAACAGUAGAUAUCCACCGACCCCUUUUGUUAAACCAGUUACUCAAUCUUCUGUGUAAACAAUGCCUCAUUGUCUCACUCUAAACUAUCAUCUAGUUUAUCAUACUGUAGUCUGUCAUUUUGUAAGGACCAAAGUGAGACAUUUUUAAACACACUUGUGAGAUCUGUUCAUUCGUUUGAAUGAAAACAUUCAAAAGAAGCAAAAAUACCUUAUUUGUUUAGAAGGUGGGACCAAUAUUUUAAUAGUAUUUUUUCUAUAGAAUUUUCCACAUGAACUGAUUUCUAUUCAGGAGACAGGGUAAUGUCUAUUUUUUUAAAUGUAGGUAUGCUAAAUUUCAGACUAUUUUGUAUUAGAUUAUUAUGCUGGAGACACACAAAUGUAAGAGUUUUGCUAUGUUCCGGUACCUAUAUAUGUUGCAAAGAGCUGUUUGUUAUGAUAAAUAUUUUGAAAUGCAAUAAACA